UCCCGAGAUCAAGGCCCUCAUGAAGCCCGACACCAACUUGGUCUGGGUGGUCCUGCUGAUGGUCCUCGCGCAGCUGGCUGCGUUUUACCUCGUGAAGGACUUGGACUGGAAGUGGGUGCUCUUCUGGGCCUACGUCUUCGGAAGCUGCGUUAGCCACUCCAUGACCCUGGCUAUUCACGAGAUCUCUCACAACAGUGCCUUCGGCAACAGGAAAGCCAUGUGGAAUCGGUGGUUUGGAAUAUUUGCCAACCUGCCUCUCGGCGUGCCGUACUCCAUCUCCUUCAAGAGGUACCACAUGGAUCACCACCGCUACCUGGGCGGGGAUGGCAUAGACGUGGACAUUCCCACUGACUUCGAAGGCUGGUUUUUCUGCACGCGCUUCAGGAAGUUCAUGUGGAUUGUCCUUCAGCCUCUCUUCUACGCCAUSAGGCCCCUGUGCAUCAACCCCAAGCCCAUCAGUCGCCUGGAGAUCAUCAACCUGCUGGCCCAGCUCUCCUUUGACGUUGCCAUAUACUCCCUGUGGGGAGCCAAGUCCCUCUGUUACAUGCUCGCGGGCUCCGUGCUGGGCCUCGGGCUGCACCCCAUCUCAGGACACUUCAUAGCUGAACAUUACAUGUUCUUAAAAGGGCAUGAAACAUAUUCCUACUAUGGCCCCCUUAACUUGCUCACUUUUAAUGUUGGCUAUCACAACGAGCACCAYGACUUCCCCAAUAUUCCUGGCAAGAGCCUUCCACUGGUGAAGAAAAUAGCAGCUGAGUACUAUGAUGACCUGCCUCAGUAUAACUCGUGGAUAAAAGUGCUUUAUGACUUCGUGAUGGAUGAUACAAUCAGCCCGUACUCACGCAUGAAAAGGCAUUUAAAGGGUGAAGUGAAACAAGAUUAAACUUCUGGCAACCAAAAAGACUGCAAUGUCUGCUUGCUUUAAAGUGGCUGGUACAAAGUCUCUUGCUAAAGAUGUCCACCCAUGCCCUGAAAUAAGAUCUGCAGCAACUUAGCAAUGCAUCYGUAAGGACUUGGCAACAAAGUAGACUAUUGCCAGCUAUAACAUUCCUAGCAGUCUUCAGAUUUAUUGUAUUAACGUCUCUGUUUGCCUAAGGAUCAGUGUUAUAUGCAYAAUAUUAAAUCACUUUGUUACAGGAUUUACUUUGGCAGUAAAUGUSUUUGACUCCUAAAAACAGUAAAAAGUUCUCAGUGUAGUAUGCUUCCCACAAACAUGACUAUUUAACUGUAAAGUGCUGUACUUGUUGAUUUUAAACUAACAUGAUCUGUUAACUUAAAUUUUCURUUGAACUUGCUCCCUAAUUCAAGGUGGGGAGAACAAGAUUUGCACAGAAAUACUUAAAUGCCUUUUUUAAAAUAUGUAACAUGUCCCUUAAAGCAUUACUUGAAUAUGUUUCACUUUUGUUUAAAGGAGCAAUUCCAUCAUUUAAGUGUGAAGCUGGCUUAUUCUAGAUGGUUUGUGCAACUUCCCUGUGAAAAGUAAGGUAAUUUAGAGGUGGCUUUAGCUCUGUUGGUCCCCACCUACUUGAGAGCUGCAUGYGUUGGGGCCCAGCUCUGCAGCUGCUGCUCAUGGUGCUCUGAGAGCCCCUGGGUGGCUCCCUGUAACUCCUGAGGCUUUUGUGUAUCGGCAAGUCCUGCUGCUGAGGUUUAGGGGUUCUUGUGAUCUGCCCAGAUAUGAGUGGGCUUGUCCUUGUUGAUUCUAUGGCUAGCUUGGUUUCAAAUAGCUCUUGAAUUUCUUAUUGUUUGGGAAUUUGGUUUGUGUGGAGGGAACUUAAUCAGCUGAAACACCCUGUUCUGGUAGACAAUGUUAGUGGCAGCUGGAGCUUUCAGGCAUGUCAUUUGUGUACACAGAACAGGAUUGCUAAAGGAUYUUGUUUAAGUUUUUAAAACUACAGUAGCCUACAAAAACAUUGGCCUUUUGUAUUUAAAAUGCAGUGAAAACAGCUGUGAUACCACUGAAUUUUCUAUUAGAGAAGUUAUUUUAUAUUGGAAUAGAGAAUGGAUGGACUUACUGAGCAGUAAAGAAUCCCCACACAYGUCAGCAUCCUAUUUCUGCCUUCUGUUAACCAAUACAUUAGCUUUAAGCUGACAGACUGGUGCAAAACACCAUGUCAAAUGGUGAUUCUUACUUUAAAAUAUGGAGUCUGAAGGUUGUCACCUGUUAUGUGCUGUAAGGAACUUGCCUUGUCCCCUGCAAGCUUGGGAAGCAGCAGCUGAGUGCCAGAGAACAUGUUACCGUGUCCUAUCCUUGCUUGACUGCAAUUCUGUCUUCAGUGCUUUGCUGGGGACUUCUGUUUGUUUGAAGCCUGGGCCCUCACCUCCAGCCAAGCAGCAGAACUGGUGUCAAUAAAGUCUCAUUAUAAAAGUGCCAGCCACUUCAAGUGACUUUGUUAUCAUGGCAGGGAUGUGGUAGCUAGCAGAGUAUCUUGCACAGGGGAGAUAUAAUGUCAAUAUACUUUAUCCAAUAUUUUAAAAUUGAAUUAAAAACAAAGAUUUACAAAUCUCAAAGAUUGGGUUGAUUUUUGAGUGGUCCUUGGAUGCUAGAGGGUUUAAGGUUUUAGGAAUUUAGUAUUAUGAAAUAUGGUCAUCCUCUUGAAUGAUGUGGAAAAACUACUUUGGGACUUAGAUGGUUAAAAAGUUGCAAAUCAAGUUGAAGUCUCUCUUACAAGUGAAAUAACACUCUUCAGUGUAGGUUUACCAUAGCUGAAUGAGGUGUGGAAAGCCUCCCAAAGUAACUCUCAUAGCCACUUUAUUUCUCACUUUUAGUUUUCAAUUAUCUUGAAUAUUCAGCCAAGAUAA